UUGCCAAAAAGAUGUAAAUUUAUUUAAAUUAAAACCUUUAUUUCAGAAGUAUAAUAAGGGUUUAAAGAAACACACCUCAUACUUCAACUAGCAAAUGUAGCUCAAAUAAUCCAGACUGCUUUAGGUAACAAUAAACUAACGGGCUCAGUAAUAUUCGACAUUACAAAAAUGGUUGGAUUGUAUGCACAUCAGAUCAAACAUCAAAACGAGAAAUAAUAAAACUAACAAAAAUAAUUGGCAGCUUUCAACAAGACCAGAGCUACCUUCUCACUGUUUCUCUAAUAUGCACGGAAAGUAUGGUUAUACUACGUCAAACUAUCAAUUCCGUUAUGUUCUUCAAACUCUAGAGCCAUCUUAUUUUUCUGCGAGGUUACACUUGAGUUUGUUGUCACCUUACGUAUGGAUUAAAACUGAUGUUUACUACAGAUUAAACAAUCGAAUCAAUAACAAAUUUCUUAAUAUACCACAUGAAUCUAUUUUUACGGAGUCAGAAAAGUUACUUCAAUGA